CAGGCGGUCCCUUAGCUUGCAUCCGAAUUUCACUCCCUAUCACUUCCCGCUUCCCUACCCCGCCCGCGAUCCGACUGCUACACGACCACGACCAGCCAUCAUGCUUGCGAGGAUCAACACGAACAUGCACUCACCUGACCGGCCGUCACGCCGCCCCCACGGACCACGCUCGGCGUGCUCGCCCGCAUCUGCUACUAGUGUGACGUCUGCAAAGAGCGCGAGGCGAGCACACUUCGCUGACGUCUGGAAGAGCAAGGCGGGCCCCAGCACAAUCAUGAUCCGCACCUCACCUCCACAGAUGUCUCUGCCCCACGACGCCGAUGUGGAACAGGAUCCAUUGUUCAACCUCCCGGAACAGAUCGCCUCGCGCAAGCCGCGGCGGUACUGCCUGAAGUUCCUCGACAUCGACCCUAUGUCGUCCGACGAAGAGAGCCCGUUCGACUCCCUGUUCUCCUUCACGGCAUCCCCAGUCGAAAGUCCAUCUUACGCGACCACCACGUUCAGCUCGCGGCAACUGUCAGGGUCCACGCCUCUAUCUCCCCAGUCAUUCCUCUCCCCUAUCACGCCCACCAUCGUCGUGCAGAGAUUCGGAGACGGAGACAGUGUUGACAGGUGGAUGAACGGGGGCGGGCUGGAACCCCUCCACACGCCGCUGGUCGCUGACCACAAGUCUUCCGACUACUGGGACGAUUCUAGCUCGCAGUCGGACUGGCGGGAGCUGAUUGACCAGUUCCUCCAGCACACGGACCUCGAUGACCCCAUGUUUCCACCCACGCCAGGGCCGGAUGGGACUUUCCCGCGCUGAUUCUAAUGACUUUAUGGUUGCUUCUCUCGAUGACGCUCUGUCACGUCAUUUCGUUCGUUCGCACUCUAUAUCCUGCUUGCGGGUAUGACACCCUCACUAUGUAACUCAUGCUACCCUUUUGUAGUGCAUCCACACGCAUUUU